AUGGAUUUGGGAAAAGAUCAGUCUCUCUCAAAGCUCCAUCAGACACCUGAUCCUCGUCAAGAAGGGACCCAUGUUCCAGAAGUCAUUGGAACUUGGAGUUUGCGAAACAGAGAGCAACUCAGAAAAAGAAAAGCUGAAGCACAAGAAAAGCAAACUUCACAAUGGCAAUUUCGAGAGAAAAAACACAAGCGGCAAAGAACAGGGAAAAGAAAUGAAAGAGGCAGAAAGAGACAACAAAAUACAGAAAUGAAGGUGGAGCUUCCAUCACAACUAGAAAGGGAAAUGAUGGAGAAAGCACCAGCACCUGAAGAGAAAGAAAUCGAGCCACCUGGGAGUGUGACCAAAGCUCUCCUUCCGACAGUGUCCCCACAAAGAGUUGCGCCCGAGAAACCUGUUUCUGAAGUAGGUCAAGAAAGUGUUAUCCUUCAGGAAAAUUCUUCUGAGUACCAAGCAAUAGCGGUACAAAACCACCCUUCUGAAAUAAGCCAAGAUAGGGCUGAAUCUGAAGACCUCUCCCCUAAAAUGUGCCAAGAAAUAGCUAUAUUUCAAGACCAGCCUUUCAAAAUGUUCCGUGAUAUGGCUCAGCCUGAAGACGUCUCUCCUAAAACAUGCCAAGAAGCCAUUGAAGCCAAAGUCCUUUCUUCGAAAACAUCUGAAGAUACAACUGACCUGGAGGAACGCUCUCUUGAAGCACACCCCAAACCAGAUGUGCCCAAAGCCUCCACUCUUGAAACAUACCAGAAAAGACCUGAGCCUGAGGAACCCGAUUCUGAACCAGGUCAAGGAAUAGUUGGGACUGAAAGCUUUGUUUCUAACACACAGCAAGAAAUGGCUGUGCCUAAAGAGCUUUCUACAGAAAUACACCAGGAAACAGUUGAACCUGAAGACUUUUCUCAUAAAAUGUAUAAAGGAAUUGCUGUAUCUAAAGCCCCCUCUCAUAAAACAACCCAAGAAACAUCUGUUCCUGAAAAAUAUCCCCCAGAAAUGUACCAAGAAACACCUGGGUCUGAAGAAUAUUCACUUGAAAUAUACCAAGAAACACCAGGACCUGAAGAUGGUGCACCUGAAAUACACCAAGAAACAGCUGGACCUGAAGCCUAUGCACCUGAAAUUUACCAAGAAACACCUGGGCCUGAAGACCUCUCUACUAAGACAUAUAAAGACAAAGAUGUUCCUAAAGAAUGCUUUCCCAAACUAUACCAGGAAAUAGGUGGACCCCAAGACCAGGAUCCUAAAGCACACCAGGAAGAUGCUAAGGAUGUUUAUACUUCUCCUCAAGAAAUGAAGGAAAAUCCCAAAGCAGAAGAACCAGAGAUAAUAGAAAUUACAAAUGUGCCUCAGGAGAGUAACCCAGAAAAUGACAUCUAUAGUUAUGUUUUGUUUUAA